UAAAAACUUCGAGAAUGCUUGCCUAACACCAAUAAUAAAACAGCAGUGACUAAAGAUUUCUUACAGAAUAUUAAUUCUAUUUCUUGAAAACGAAGGCCCUGGUUAUUGAAAAAAAUUAUACAAUUAUUUAGCUGAAAUAUUUUCUUAUUAAUUACUCUUACGGUAUUCGGAAGUUUUUAAUUAGAAUUAUGGAAAACAAUAGUAAUUCGACUGCUUCAAAUACUGUUGAUAAAGAUUCGUUUAACAUGAGUAGCGUUGAAGAGUGUAUUCCUAAUGACAAUCAAAUUCUUGAUUCACAUCAAGAAACUGAAACUAAUGAAGAAUUUUUCGAUGCUAAUGAGAGUGAAUCUGAAAGUGAGGACGAUUUUGAAGUAGACGAAGAGGAGUUGUUGAAAGCUCAGAAGGACAUGUCUGAAGAUGAACUAGAGAAACAAAAAAUUGAAGCUUUAAAUCUGAAGAAGUCUGGAAAUGAGUGCUUCAAAGCUGGGGAUUUCAAAGAAGCUAUGGUUCUUUAUACAGGAGCUUUGACUUUGUGUCCUCUAAAGUGCCAGAAUGAACGCUCAAUACUUUAUUCAAACAGAGCUGCUGCAAGAAUUGGUCUUGACGAUAAAGAUGCUGCUCUAUUAGAUUGUAAUAAAGCAAUUGAACUAAACCCGGAUUACCUGCGAGCCAUUUUAAGAAGAGCUCAACUUCAUAAAAAGAUGGACAAUUUGGAUCGGUGUUUAGAGGACUAUAAAAAAGUUCUUGAGUUGGAUAAAAAUAAUUCAGAAGCAAGGCAAGCAUGUGCUACUCUUCCUGCUGAAAUUGCUGAAAGAAAUGAGAAAUUAAAACAAGAAAUGUUUGGAAAGCUCAAAGACCUUGGAAAUAUUUGCUUAAAACCAUUUGGGCUUUCAACCAAUAAUUUUAAAAUGGUUCAAGAUCCGAAUUCUGGUGGAUACAGUAUAAACUUUCAGAAAUAACCAUGAUACAUAAAUUUUGAUUUAUUUACUACAACAUAUAUUUUCUUCAAAUUAAAUGGUUUUAACUCUCUGUUAGUCAUAUCUAUAAAAAUCUGUUUCAAUUAUUUAGAGUGGCAGAAGCAUUGGUCUCUGGACCAUUAAUAAACUGAUUUUUGUUUGUAAAAUCAUCUCAGAGUUAAACUCACAUUCUUAAUUAUUGAUUAAUGUUGAAUGUAUAUAUUUUUCCUUGCAUUUUAUGAUUUGUAGCUAUUUGUGAAUAAAACUUGAGAAUAAAAGUUAA